UGUAUGUAUGUCUGUGAUAACUAACAGCAUAUGGGAGCAGUAUAUUCAGAUAAAUGGGACACAGAAUAUCCAUUUAGUUUAACCUACUCAUCAACUAUCUGCACAAGGCGUUGGUUUGAUGAUAUUUCAACACUGCAUCAGUUCCGUAUUAUAUAUGAUACCAGUACUGGAUUUUAGAUCAAUUCGUUCCAACUGUCAGCAAGUUUCAAUUAACUAUGCUACUUGCACUCUGUGUAUGGCGACCUGUACAUAUGAUCUGCAAUUAGGCCUACGCUCAAUUAAUUUGUCAAGAACCGAGAUCCAUAUCUAAACCUUCAAGUCCGUAUAAAAUACCAUUUCAUCAUAAGUAGCCUAAACAAGAGCUGCAGGGAGCAUCUUUAAGGUACGAUUCAAACUGCCAUUGUCAACAUUAACACCCGAUUGUUUCACCAAAAAACAUCACUUUAAAUACAGAUGCAUUAUAAUUGCUGUGUCCGGCGCUUGAAAAUGAUACCCCCUACAAAUGUUCGAGUCGAUUCUGUGAUGCGACGUGUGGCGUUCUGGGAGAGCAGAGGCGUCCCGCAGUGCUGAUCAUUGUGUCUCUCUCACUUUCUAACGAGCCAUUUCACAACACUGAGGAGAGGAAAACAGCUAGCGCUAUCAGCAGCCGCACAUGUGGAGUGGCUGCGUUCCGAACACUCUUCCUUCGGAAGUCUGAGGCAAAACGAAGGAAUACAAGCACAAACAUGAAGAAACCUGGCUCUUUCCAGAAACUAUUGCUCCGGCGCAUUGUGUUUUUUCCAAAAAAUAAUUAGGCUUGUUCACGCGUGAAACGGACAAAUUUGAUUCAACGAGGCGGGAGAAGUGAAAUACCUCCACACCACACAACAUCGGGAAAUAUCAGAGACUUGACGAGGGCUGUUGUGCAUCACAACUACCGACAACUUAUCCUGUAAAAAAUCUCUUUCAUUUUAUGCGCUUUAUCGGGAAUAACAAUACGGGAGAAAAUGCAUUGGAAGCAGCGAUAUUAUCUGCCAAGUUAAGCAACGGGGUUGACACUAAAAUCUGGAUUAUUGGCGAUACUCUUUUAGGCGAACAUAGGAUACGGGCUUCCUCUCACCGUAAGCUUUACCUCGGUCCCGUGGCCAGACGUAGUGCCGGUCGAUGGUGAGGGGAUCCAUGCCGUCUCAAAGGGAGAGGAGAGGAGCGCUGUCCCGUGCUGGAUGGAUGGUUAUGGGGAAAGGAGCAGGACCUUCGGCGCUACAAGUCGGCAAGAUCCUCGCUGUAUUUCUUUAUAUCUUUCCUGCAGUGAGCCUGCAGUGUAAGAUCCUCAAGUGCAACUCGGAAUUCUGGGCUGCCACGACCGGUUCGGAGCCUGAGGCGGAUGUGGAGUUCUGCACGGCGCUGCGGGCUUACAGCAGCUGCGUCCGCCGGACCGCCCGGACCUGCCGCGGUGACCUGGCCUUCCACCUGGCCCAGCAUGGCAUCGAAGACCUGAUGACUCAGCACAACUGUUCCAAGGAGGGCCCCACAUCCUCCCCCCGCGUCCCACUCCCGGCGCCCCCUCACCAGCCGCAGCCGCAGCCCCAGCCGGACGUAAACUCGGACGGGCCGGAGGUGUGCCACUACGAGCGCAGCCUGCCGCGCCACUCGUCACCCCCCAACUACACCCACUGCGGCUUCUUUGGGGACCCGCACCUGCGGACGUUCACAGACGACUUCCAGACGUGUAAGGUGGAGGGCGCCUGGCCGCUCAUCCACAACAAGUACCUGUCGGUGCAGGUGACCAACACACCUGUCAUUCCCGGCUCCUCCGCCACCGCCACCAGUAAGGUGAGAACGAGUCCCUUUUGUUCCUCUCUCCUCCCUUUUCAGCUCUCAGGCUUUUGUGUCGCUUGUUAAGAACAUAUAAUAAAGAAUAGUGUACAUUUUCCCUGGAGCCAGAGCGUGUAGAGAUCUAAAGGCUGGUGUUGCACUUAGCAUUGUAUUGGGAUUUUUUGGCAGGUAUUGGGUUAAUGAAGUCUCAGCAGCUAGAGCACGCAGUGGAGGAGGGGAGGGAGGACUGUGAGUUUGGACUCUGGUUAAUAUUUGGAUGGCCUCCAUGGCCGAUGAAGACGUGAUAAACAGAGCAAUUGAUGAUGCUGCGAUAAGCCUAGCUUUUUUUUCCAGCUGUGGGAAUGCCAGUAUCAAAACAGCAGUAAUAAGUCAGAAUGUUACCA